AUGGGCGAUUCGGAGCCGACUGUCAGGCAAAAGGGCAUCAAGGACGGUAAAUGCACCCAAGUAAGUUUAUUUCGUUUUUGUUGUGUUAUUUUUUAGCUAUUGAAAAAUCGCUGGAAUAUAGAUGGUCGUUAUAUUAUACUUGAUCUAACACCUAAAUUUUGAUCGAACUUUCCAUGUGAGAAGUUCACAUUCCGUCUUUUAAUUUCAAAAGGGCCUAUUCUUCAUGCCAGCUCUGCUCGGCAGAUCUUAUACAUCUGUAUUAGUUAAUAUGAAAGUUUGACCAAUCUUCUUUUAGGUUAUCUCCAUUGCCCUCGAAUCCAAGCUCCAUCGAUUUGAAACGCAUGAAGAAGAUCCGUCUUCACCGUGGUCUCCGUCACGCUGGCUUCAAGGGUUCCCCACCCUCGAUAUAUCGUUUUCUUAUUCUUUGUGUUCUUGUGAGAAUUAG